AUGGCCGAAAUAGUAGGCACAGUAUCAGCCGCCGUAAGCCUCACAACAACAACCCUCCACGCAGUUCGCAUCCUCGCCAACGACCUGAGCAGCAUAAAGGACGCCCCGCAGACCAUCGCCAACGCCAAGACGGAGCUUCACAACGUCCAGUCAGUCAUCGAGAGCCUGCAAGCCGCCCUCAACCAGAGCAACUGGCAGCCCGUGCUCUCUGACAUUACCUGUACUGGUAACCUAGAGGCAGCCCUGAAAGCUUGCAGCGACGUGUGUGGUCGCUUUCACCAAGAGCUCAAGAAGCUGUUGAGACACUCUAAUGAGGGCGAUUUGUCUCGUAGGGACAGGUUCAAUGUCGGCUUCUUUGCCAAGAACAAAGUUGUGGCUUUUAUUAGUGAGCUCAACGUGUGCAAGUCAACCAUCAGCCUAGCCCUCAGUGGUGCAAACCUCAUGGUCUCCAUGGAGCAGCUCAAACAGCUUCAAGUGCUUUCAAGCCAAAGCUCCACCGAGAUCCAGUCGAGCAACGGGGAGACAACAGACCAAGACCUGGCAGCUGACAUCCAGAGAGGCGCUCAAUUAGCAAAGGGAUAUCAAGAUCUCUUAGCCUUCCUCCAAACCAAGGUCAACGAGAAUCGGAGGCGAAUAGAACUAGGAAGCGUGGAAAUGCUCAACUCUGCCAGAGUCAUGGCCGGAGUCAACAACACAGACGGCACAGAAGGCGACAUAAACGUCAAGGUCGGCAACGUCAAGGCAGACGGCGGCAAGGCUCUCCUUGGCUACACUAGCAAAGUGGACAUCGACGCCUUUUUCAGAUAG